AUGCAAGACGACGAUCGUGAUCUGGAGGAUCAGAAUGACAAACUUGCUGCAUUUGGUCAGCGCCAGGGUGUCCGAGGCAUUGCCGCCUUACCACAUUAUCAGUCCUGGAUACAGCAGCAUACUUCAAGGAACAACACUUGGCGCUCUGUGAAGACCAAAUACCACAGAGCUCGGAAGUUCGUGCUGCGUAUUCAAGAUAUUCCGCCUACGAAAGACGGCAGGCAUAUUGACUUGGACGCCUCUCGAAAGACAACACUACUCGACGAGCGAACAAACAAAACAUAUAUCACCAACUACAUUCGUUCUAGCAGAUAUACUGCUUGGAACUUUGUGCCUCGCCAGCUGUUUGCACAAUUCUCCAAGCUUGCUAAUUUCUAUUUCCUUUGUGUUUCCAUCUUACAAAUGAUACCCGGUCUCAGUACCACAGGAACGUAUACCACGAUCAUUCCAUUACUAUUCUUUGUUGCUCUUUCCAUGGGAAAGGAAGGUUACGACGAUCUACGACGUUACCGCCUGGAUAAGACGGAGAAUAACCGCGAAGCUUCCGUGCUCCAUGCAUAUCGUCCAAUUACCGCAUCUGACACACAAGCUGAAGAAGGAAGUGCUAAUGCUGGUGGUCCGAUUCACUGGGCCAAGACGAAAUGGCAAAAUCUCCAGGUUGGAGACAUUGUCAGACUGGAAAGGGACGAAUCUAUACCAGCCGACAUGGUCUUACUGAGCUCGAAAGGUGCCAAUGGCAUUGCAUAUAUUGAAACUAUGGCUCUGGAUGGAGAGACGAAUCUUAAGAGCAAGCAAGCCACGGCCAAUCUAGCUAAACAGUGCGAUACGCCGGAGCGCAUCGCGUCUUGCCAUGCUCAUUUUGUUGUCGAAGAUCCCAACAUCGACCUUUACAACUUCGAGGGCAAGGUGACCUUAAACGGUGAGACAGCUCCAUUGAGCAACAACGAGAUCAUUUACCGUGGCAGUGUCUUAAGAAACACACCUGAGGCGUACGGAAUGGUCAUCUACAGUGGUGAAGAGUGUAAGAUCCGUAUGAACUCGAACAAGAACCCUCGGAUCAAGGCUCCCGCACUACAGGCCAUUGUCAACAAGGUGGUCAUUGUCAUUGUUAUCUUUGUCAUUCUUCUGGCAAUCUUCAACACAGUGGCAUACCAAAUCUGGCGUAAGGGGACCGAAGACGAUUCAUGGUAUCUCAACAAUGCCAGAGUCGCGUUCUUCCCUGUUCUCACGAGUUUCAUCAUCAUGUUCAAUACCAUGAUUCCUCUAUCGCUCUAUGUGAGUAUGGAGAUUGUCAAGGUGUGGCAGAUGGUGCUACUUAACGACAUCGAUAUGUAUGAUGAAGUCACCAACACACCAUUCGAAGCGAGAACAUCAACCAUCAAUGAGGAACUGGGUCAGAUCAGCUAUGUCUUUUCCGACAAGACAGGCACGUUGACAGAUAACAUGAUGAAGUUCCGCAAGCUUAGCGUAGCUGGUACGGCUUGGUUGCAUGACAUUGACUUGCAAGACAAGCAAGAUGAGUCUGAGAUGCUCAUACACAAGAAGCGGAGCCAAAAGAGCAAGGGCAAGAAGCCGAUACGCAAAUCGACAACGUCCAACAUUACAUGCGAUCAUAAACUAGAUUGUGCGGAUGAUCAGAUCGAAUUCGGAGAGACUGGUCGCAAGUCAACCUCACAAUGGACCUCUUCGGCGAGACCUGGAAAGGCACAACCUGAGCUAAGCACGAAAACGAUGAUUCGUUACAUUCAACGGAAGCCAUUCACAUUGUUCGCCAAGAAAGCUCGUAUGCUUUUGUUGUCGAUGGCACUCUGUCAUACCUGCUUGCCAGAGACACAGGACGAUGGAAAGAUUGAUUUUCAGGCAUCUUCUCCUGACGAACUGGCUCUUGUAAGAGCAGCACAAGAGCUGGGCUAUCUGGCUAUGGACAGAGAGUCUGCAAUCCUGACCAUCAAGACCUUUCCUAAUGGUGUGAACCAAGAGCCCGUUCUCGAACGAUACGAGAUCCUGGACGUCAUCGAGUUCUCAAGCAAGAGAAAGCGAAUGUCUGUCACUGUACGCUUCCCUGAUGGUCGCGUCUGUGUAAUCUGCAAAGGAGCCGACACUAUUGUAAUGCAAAGACUCAAAUUGGCAUCACUAGCGAACCAGAAGAUGGUCGAGAUUGAAAAGCGAACGAGCAUUCGUAAGAGUCUGGAAGCAAAGGAAGCCAUUCGUCGACGAAGUGAACAGCACGAACGGUCAAGCAUCGCUCGUCCCAGCUUCUCAAGACCUAGUUUUGCAAUGUCUGUUGGUCGACCUAGCAUCGGUGGUGUACCGCGAACUAGUGUGGGAACUACUAGACUACAGCCCGUCCGUGAUGGGCUGAAUGUCUGGCUCAAAGAACGCGAAAGUGAGGUUGACGUGUCUAACCAUGAGGAGACAACUCAGCAUUACUCUCCACGACCCUCAACUCAACUGAAUAGCCGACAAUCUCUCGCCCCUUCCGAGGCUCGUAGCUCUUUGUCUUACGAUGACCUUGGCCAGGAUGAGCUAGUCGAAGAGUCGCUUGUCACUGACGAGGCCACCGUACUCGAGCGCUGCUUCCAGCAUAUUAACGAUUUCGCGACAGAGGGUCUGAGGACCCUGUUGUACGGAUAUCGAUUCCUCGAUGACCAAGAAUACCUUGGAUGGAAGAAGUUGUACCACGAUGCCACGACGAGCUUGGUGAACCGUCAAAAGAUGAUAGAAGAUGCAGGCGAGAUCAUCGAAAGGGACUUGGAUCUUGGAGGUGCGACUGCUAUCGAGGAUAAGCUUCAGAAGGGCGUACCGGAAGCCAUCGACAAACUCAGACGUGCAAACAUCAAGAUGUGGAUGUUGACGGGAGACAAGAGAGAGACGGCUAUCAAUAUUGGCCACUCUUGUCGUCUCAUCAAGGACUACUCGGCGGUCACAAUUCUGGAUCACGAGACGGGACAAGUGGAGCAGCGCAUAGCGGCUACCAUACUUGAUAUCAACAGCAACAAAGUGGCGCACUCCGUUGUCGUUAUCGAUGGUCAGACGCUGGCUCUGCUGGAGGAUGACGAGUAUCUGCGCGGGCUUUUCUAUGAGCUUGCAGUGCUUGCGGACUCAGUCAUCUGCUGUCGUGCCUCUCCUAGCCAGAAAGCCGGACUUGUGUCGGCUGUGCGAAAGAGAGUCAAGAAUAGCAUUACGCUUGCUAUAGGCGACGGCGCCAAUGAUAUUGCCAUGAUUCAAGAAGCGCACGUCGGUAUUGGUAUCACCGGAAAAGAGGGUCUGCAAGCAGCUCGUACAUCUGACUACUCAAUUGCUCAGUUCCGCUUCCUGGUCAAGUUGUUGCUUGUUCAUGGUCGCUGGAACUACAUUCGAAUCUGCAAGUACACAGUCGGCACUUUCUGGAAAGAGUUUUUGUUUUACUUGACUCAGGCACUCUACCAACGCUGGGCUGGCUACACCGGUACUUCAUUGUACGAGUCUUGGUCACUUAGUAUGUUCAACACUCUGUUCACCAGUCUACCCGUCAUUUUCCUUGGUAUUUUCGAGAAGGAUCUCCUGCCUCAGACGUUGAUUGCCGUACCUGAACUAUACACCAAGGGUCAGCGCAAUGGAGGCUUCAACUUCAAGAUCUUUCUAGCUUGGAUAUUCAUGGCAUCGAGCGAGGCGAUCAUGGUCUAUUUCAUCAUGUUCGGAUUGUAUGCUCAAGCCAUCUUCACCAAAGAUCAAGGACUAUACGCGAUCGGAUCCUUGACAUUUACAGCAUGCAUCAUCCUCAUCAGUAUGAAGCUGCAGGUCAUUGAGAUUCAUAACAAGUCUAUCAUGGCUGUAAUCGCUUGCUUCCUAUCAAUUGGUGGAUGGUUCUUGUGGAUGAUCAUCCUCGCAUCAAUCUAUGCGGACAAUGUAACCUACAACGUCAAGGACAGCUUCUUCGUACGCUUCGGAGACAAUCUACUCUGGUGGCUCACAUUGCUACUGAUCAUAAUAGCGACCAUGUGGUUCGAGUUUGGAGUGCGAAGCUUCAAGUCAGCAUACUUCCCCACCGACGUCGAUCUUUUCCAGACCUACGAGCGCGACUUGGAUAUUCGGAAGCGAUUUGAAGAAGCAGCUGCCAUGGAACUACAAGCAGGAUGGCAUCACGGCACCAAGAAAUCGAGCUUCGAACAGCAGCGCGAGCAAGAAGCCCAGGCGAUCCGCGAGAAUGAAAUCCAAGACCUUCUUGAUCGACCGAGAGUCAUGGAAGAAGGUGGUGCGAAAGCCGGUGUUACAAUGGAAGAGCAGACUGUCUUUGUUGAAGACGGGCCCAAGAGACCGUCGACCGAUAUCCAAGAGAUGCUGUCUCGGAGAUUUGGAUCGGUGCAACAAGGAGGCAUCGAUGUGAAUAAGAAGUAA